CCAACCGGAAUCAACGUUAAAUAUAGAAUGCAGAACAGUUGCUUUUUCUUGUCAUUGCAUACUCUGCAAUUACAGUAAAAGUGCAGACAUCAGGAAGCAGAGCAAAUCUAGGUUCGUGUUAAGGUCUGGUUUGUGAAGAUGGAGGGAGAGCAUCCUCAUGAGGAGAAGCAGACUGAAACUGCUUGCUGUGCAUCCCAAUGUCCCAAAGAUGGAGAGGAGAGGCAGGGACAAAGGGCUAUGUUAUGGUCCAUCCAGGAGGCAGUGGAGAGGCAGACCAUGCAGAUAGGAGUGUCCGCCUGUGGGGCAACGGCCGUAGUGGACGUCCUACAGGCCCUCGGCAUCAUUGUGGCACCCGAGAUGGCUGACCGGUGUGUGCGGACGUGCCUGAGGAGGAACGAGGCGCCGCUGCCCGAUUACCUGUUCUCCCGGAGCGAGGCUGGCGCCACACACGCACAGCUGAUAGCUGGGGCGGAGCAGGCCAGUGGUGGGCGCGUGCUGGGUCGCCACUUCGCCCUCCACCCUCGCCGGCGGGUGAGGCUGGUACCCUGGCUGGCACAGUGGAUCCAGAAAGGGGCAGUGCCCGUGGCCACAAUGAACAUGCAGCUGGCAGUGCCAGAGGGAGAGGAGGUUCCCGACGCAUGGCACCACCAACUCAUCUUUGGGGUCGGACCCGACACUGUCUAUAUGACCAACCCCCUGGAUGUGGUGAGUGAGCGGGAGGUCCAUCAGCGACUCUGCAGUGAAUCUGUGUUGCUGAUACGUCGAGAGGAUGUGCUGCUGAGAUUGACAGGUGACACCCCUCUGUCUAGCCUAUCAGACAACCAGUCUGACCCACGCUGGAAAGCCCUGGAUGUGGAGGGUCAAUUGAGGCAGAUGAUUCGUGAGGAAGACCAUGAUGAUGAAGAUCAGUUUAGGAUGAGCCAUGUCGUGAUCCCUGCAGCGUACAGUUCAGGUGUGACAGUCUUCGCCCUCAGAGACUCAGACCAAGGACAGGAGCUUCUCCACACCCCUGAACUCUCUUUGCUUUGAUAUGGCUGGACAGUGGACACAUCAUAACCAAAAAUCUUGCUGUGAUUGGACAAUGCAUCUUUGACCUUCCCGCUAUUGUUACAUGUAUUUGGUGAGGGGAAAUGUUCAGAAACUGGUGAUAGAAAUGUCAUUAAUAGAGCUGGCAUGGUUCCUUAUUCUACAGGCAAGAUAGAAAUAUAUUAUGUAGAACAGACAAGCCUAUCUGAACAUCCCACAAUGUUGCACCCUGCUGAAUGUGCCCCAGGCGUAUUCAGUGAGGUGAAACACUCAAAAACAGAUAUACACUAUAGAAUUGAUAGAGCUGACUCAAUUUCCUAUUCAGGCACAACUCAUAAUUCUGAUAUGUCUAUAAUAUUGGCCAGUCAUGUUGUACACAAUACAUUUUUAUCUGAACGUUCAGUAACGUUACUCUGACCUGAACGAGGCCCUGCUGCUGUACAGGCAGGAUAUCCGUCCCUGACAGUAAUACCUUGUUUGAACACUUUUCUGGGUCGUAUUCACUGACAUCAAGCAGAAGAAAAUUAACUGAAACAGGGAGUGACUCCCUGAACUUACCCAAUAACAAGCAUUAAUUUUCCUUUUCCAUUGCAUAACGUUUUGCUACAGUAUGCACUAAUGAAUACGACCCUGAUCUUAUGUGUGUGACGUUAAGAAUAGCCUACUUGAUGUAUGCCCCUGCACCAGUGGAGGCUGCUGAGUGGAGAACGGCCCGUAAUAAUGGCUGGAACUGCGCAAAUAGAAUGGCAUCAA